CCCCUUUACUUCUUAAGAGUUAAGACAGACUCAGUUUUCCCCUCAUUUUGCUCUAACAAGAAUCAACUCGCCAUUUCCAGUAUUCUUCAUCUUCACUCUAACCGACAACUCUCGAGAUGUGGAGCCAACCCUACCGGAAAGAUGACUUGGAGUCCGGAUCCCGGCCGCUCUACCCCAUGAUGCUCGAGAGCCCCGAGCUCCGCUGGUCCUUCAUCCGCAAAAUCUACUCCAUCAUCGCCGUCCAACUGCUCGUCACCAUCGCCGUCGCCGCCACCGUCGUCUCUUACCACCCGAUUGCCAACUUCUUCGUCAGUACCGGCGCCGGCUUGGCCCUCUACAUAGUCCUCAUCAUCAUUCCCUUCAUCGUGUUGUGCCCGCUGUACUAUUACCACCAGAGGCAUCCUGUGAAUUACCUCCUGCUUGGGAUUUUCACCAUCUCUCUUGCCUUUGUGGUGGGAUUGACUUGCGCUUUUACUAGCGGGAAGGUUAUUUUGGAGUCUGUGAUACUCACCGUUGUGGUUGUAAUUGCUCUCACCCUGUACACAUUUUGGGCUGCAAGGAGAGGUCAUGAUUUCAAUUUUCUUGGUCCUUUCUUGACCGGAGCGUUGCUCGUUCUCAUUGUGUUUUCUCUGAUUCAGGUUUUCUUCCCUCUGGGUAAGCUCUCUGUGAUGAUAUACGGGUGCUUGGCAUCGAUCAUCUUUUGUGGAUACAUUGUGUAUGACACAGACAAUCUCAUCAAGCGCUACUCUUACGACGAGUACAUUUGGGCUGCGGUCUCGUUGUAUUUGGAUAUCAUCAACCUGUUCCUUGCAUUGCUGACUAUUUUCAGAAGUGCUGAAUAGCUGAGGAGAUAAUCUCUGCUUUCUUUGUGUCUCUUGUUUGUCCUCGAUAUGGUGUAGGAGUAAUUGUGAAUGUCAUAAAGAACUAAAACUCUGUCAUUGUACGUCGAUACAUAGUUGAUUUCAUGGAUGAUUCUUGGUUCUUGCCAGUAUAUAAUCAUUGAAUCACCAGAGCUCUGUUCAAGACUUCAAUUUGGCUGACCUAUCAAAA